AUGGUAUUCUAUGAUUGACGAUCGGCCAACCCAAAGUCAGAAGAUAUUCUAAAUUCAAAUUAGACAAUAUUGUACGUUUUUGGACUAAUCCAUUAUGUAUCAAUAAGUGUGUUCUUGUUCUUCCAAGGGCCGACUAAAUUUGCCGAUGUAACAUAUCAAAAAAACUUAAUUAGUAUGAAAUAUUUUGGAAAUGAGCUUAAAAUAGACGUUAUCGUACUAAUUGGUUGAACUAAAAAUGUAAGCAAGUUUCAAAAGCCCAACAGUUGGUAUCAAAACCAAGUUAACAAAAAUCUGUAAAAACAAAACCAAAAUAUUUAUUUCCUAAAUCUUACAGAAACAUAGACAACAAAGGUUUGAAGCCUCUUCGACCAUCAUCAUAUGUUAGUUUAGGAUGCAACUAUACAUUAAAACAACAUUGUUAUAUUUUUGACAUUGUUCGAGGAUGACGAUCAUCGAUGGAAAAGAAAAGUAUAUAGCAAAGACCAGUCAAAAAGAUCUUAGAGUUCGAUUGUGAAAAAAAUGUCUUCAAGCAGUGGCGGAACUACACCUAGGGUAGGAGGGGCAGCUGCCCCCCAUGAAUAUUUCAAAUCAAUGUAUUUUUGUAUUGAUUUUUUGUCAUGUCCCGGUUGAUAAUUCAAAUUUAUAGAAGUAUUAAACUGUAUUUUAAUUUUGCCCCAGAUAACAAAUAUUUCUAGAUCGGCCAGUGUCCUUAAGGUAUCUUGGCAAGUAAAGGUGCUAAAGACUGGUCAAAGUCUUUUCAUAACGAGUAAGGAUGAUACAAAGAUUAAGUGGAUAAUUGCUAAUGGUGCUGUGGGGAUUAGGUGGUGAUGUCUUAAUUUUGCUGCAAAGAUUAGGUGAAUAAAUCUUAAUGGUGUAUAAAAGAUAAGAAUCCUUUUGGUGAUUACAACAAUACAAAAUGUAUGCCUAGCUACACUGGAAGUUGAAUGCUAAGGAUUUAUGUGGUACUUGAUCUGAGAGAAAUAUUGUUAUGAAUACAAUCAAAGUUUUAUAUUGGAAAUUUAGGUAAAUAAUAUCUGAUAUAUAAAAAUGUCUAAGUUUGAUUAGUAUGAUGUACUUUGAGAAAAUCCUAAAAUCAAAUAUAUACGGACUUUGCUGAUCGAGUCCCAAGUGAAUAAUAUAAUAGUAAUAACUGGUUGAGUAGAGGUGGACAUGAACUCAAAAAAUUUUUUUUGAGCAAAGAACUCGAAAAUAAGGUGCUUGUGUAUAUGUUAGGAAAAUUAGGGCACAUGUACAUAAUAAAAAAAAAAUAAAGUGUAUCUAUCCUAUACUAAAAGGUGAAUAUGGAGUGUUUCUAACCUGUCCACGUAGGAUAAUAUAUUAGACCAAUCAAAACAUUCCAAUAAUACACGCUGGCAAAUAAAAAAAAAAAAACUUCGACGCAAGAUGUAUAUCACGAGGCUCUCGCUUCGUGCUCUUCUUCUUCACCUUCCUUCACCAUCGUUUCAGUUCUCCCGAUCCAGAACCCCCACAAUCAAUACUCCACUACAUCUCGAUUCAAUUGAGUUACCUCCGACGCUAACUGACCUGGAUCUCACGGUGAACCGUUUAUCGGAACUGGACUCGAGGAUCGCUCACCUCUCUAUGCUCAAGAAGCUUUCUCUUCGCCAAAACCUAAUCGAAGACUCCGCCGUCGAGCCUCUCUCUCGCUGGGACGCGUUGUCCGAUCUCGAGGAGCUGAUUCUCAGAGAUAACAAGCUAGCAGAAGUACCAGAUAUAAGCAUAUUCUCAAGGCUUUUGGUCUUUGACGUAUCUUUCAAUGAAAUCACUUCGUUGGAAGGAUUAUCAAAGGCCUCUAGCACGUUGAAGGAGCUCUAUGUGUCUAAGAAUGAAGUUUACAAGAUUAUGGAAAUUGAAUACUUGCACGACUUGCAGAUUCUUGAGCUAGGGUCCAAUAGAUUGCGGGUGAUGGUGAAUAUGGAGAGCUUGACAAAGUUAGAAGAGCUGUGGCUGGGAAGAAACCGUAUCAAAGUUGUGAACUUGUGUGGGCUCAGAUGUAUUAAAAAGAUUAGCUUGCAGAGCAAUCAAUUGACCUCUAUGAAAGGAUCUGAGGUGUGUGUUGUUUUACUCUUACCAUCAUUUUACUAAAUCUGAUGCAUUGAAAAAAAUAUAUGGACAGGACUGUGUUGCUCUUGCAGAGUUGUAUCUGAGCCAUAAUGGUAUCUCAAAAAUGGAAGGCUUGAGUGCGUUGGUUAACCUACGGGUAUUAGACGUGUCGAACAACAAGCUCACAUCAGUUGAUGACAUUCAGAGCCUCACAAAGUAUUUCACUUUUCCUUUUCUUCAGGACUGACUUUUUUAUUUUGGUGAUUUUUUGUUUGUUUAUGUUCUGACUUUUCCUUUACCUGUAGGCUGGAAGAUUUAUGGCUUAAUGACAACCAGAUAGAAAUACUUGAAGCUAUCACAGAAGCUGUUGAAGGCUCUAAAGCUAACAGCUUUCCUGGAUUCUCCAUGUAGUUAGUCAUUAAAACCCUUUUAUUAACUUAUUUUUUUCUAACAAUAUAAUAUGACUUCUGACAAUUUGACUAAUCACUGUAUAGAAAAUGGAUGCUAAUGUAACUGCAAACUGUGUUCAUCCUGGAAUCGUGAGAACGCGUCUCACAAGAGACCGAGACGGCCUCAUCACUGAUUUUGUCUUUUUCUUGACCUCUAAGCUUUUGAAGUCCGUUCCUCAGGUAUCUAAGUCAAAUCAAUAUUUGAUCGAUUUUCAUUUAUAAAUCAUAUAUUUAGAAUUAUCCAAACUAACGUACGACAUCAUAAAAAUAACUUACUGAUCCCUAUUAAUUAUUUAUAGGCAGCAGCAACGACAUGCUGCCUAGCAACGAGUCCGAGAUUGAGGAACGUGUGCGGCAAAUACUUUUCAGACUGUAAUGAAGCUCGGACUUCUAAUCCGGAUCGUGCAAUCUUAAAGCUCAGAGACUGUGGACUGCUUCUGAGUUGUUGGUCACUCCAGCUUCCACUCCCGAUGUUUAUCAAACCUUUAACUACUUUUUAACCAACGAUGCUAUGUAUGUGUAAAGCCUUUCCAAGCUUCUUGGUUGUGAAAUGUUUUAGAUCAUUUGGAGGAGUAAUAAAGUUUAUAUGUUAUCACUAAUCACAUAUAUAGAUUGAA